AUAUAGCCCAGCAUCGGACGGGCACACCUCACAGCGCAUCCAAUCGACUAUGACUGAAACCUUCUCAGCUGAGUAUACAAUAACACCAGAAACUAACACCCCAGGUCAGUCUGACGUUGGCAGACACCUUACGAAAGAAACAUGUCAGCUCCCUUCUUCCCCACUCCUGCUGGCGUACAGGACUACACUGAUGCACAGAACUAUCAGAAAUGGAGCAACUUCAUCCGUGAUUCGAUGAAUGAUACGAUAAAAGAAGAGGAAAAAACCGUCGAUGUAGGAAACUGCCAGUUCUACAAUCCUGAGAUUAAGCCGGCUGGGGACGACAGAGCUACUGCAAAGGCUACAUGGAAUGGUUUCCCUCGCCGCCUGGAACAAGAUCACCCGAACGACUACUUGGAGAUUGCGGAUAAGCAUGACGGAUGGCCUCACGAUGGACCGGAAUACACGAAAGCCAGGAACCAAGACGAAUAUCUUGAAUGGUACGUUUACAAGAACGCCCAAGGCAAGAUUACCCGAGUGGAUUUCACCUGUGAGGGACCCGAGUACUGGGACCUGCUCUUCCAGUGGGAACCAGAGACAUGUCUUGCUCUUUACCAGCAAUACAUCUCAGCAGAUGUCAAGAUGGAGGACCUGUACACCGUAAAUGAUGAAGGUAAAAAGGAGUAUAACUCGUACAACAAGUGGAAUACAACGGAUGGCUGCAUGCACCUCAACUGCCCACCAAACUCCCUGAGUGCCGAAAUUAGACUGGCUGGAGAUGCGUCUAUCAUUCGCCAAAAGAAUGAUCAGAUAAUCACUGACUCCCAGGAGCUGAUCAACUGCUCCAAGUAUGGCCGGCCUGACCGUAACAGUGACCCGAAGAUCGGCUCUGUAUGCAACACGCUGUGCAGAGAGGGCAAGAGGAUCACCGUCGGGAACCCCGUAUGCCUGUUCAUUGCUAACGUGAAGAAUGGCGGCUGGCGAACGCCUGAUGGCGAAGAUGCCUUCAAGUAUAUGAAACUGGUGCGAGGAACCAAAGAGCAAGGCCUGAGAUACAGUUUAGAGGUGCCUGCUUCAGAAGGCUUUACCGUGGGUGACAUCACCAUAGGCGGUGAGCCCAUCUACUACGGUGGGUCCAUUGCGUAUUUGACUGACGUCGCUUUGAUAGCCGAGUACAGCACGAACGAGCAGGGAGCACAGCAAGCAUGUCCCUGCAUUCCUGAUGACCCCACGUUCUUGGCAUCUCAAUUCACACUUACAGUAGCUAAUCUGUUGGUGAAAGCGAAGACACACUGCGUUCAUCGUGGGUAUAACGCCAAUUUCAGCCCAUACACGAAGUGAUAAGCACACGUGGCGGCACCAGAUCAACAGAUCUAGGGGGACAAGUGAAGGGUAAAGUAAAUCAGGAAGGGGGGGGGGGCCAACAUCUUUUUUUUACAAAUUGAGGACUAACCCCGAAAAUUGUCAGUUCGGAAAAUUAUUUUAUAUUUCAUGGGUGGGCAUAAAGUGGGUAUAUACGGCUUCAAAUUGUCAUGGUGCAGCCAUCUCGUGUUCCUUUAAUUUAUAGCGGUGUAACCAAACAGAGGCUGGAAGGGCAAGUAGUCUGGUACCUGUUCAGUGGUAUGAGAAUUUUCCAACGUGGUAUACAUGGGGAGAUGACAAAGUUGGCUGCACAUUUAUACAGGUCUAUAGUAUUAGAACCGAAAAGGGAUUGUGCAUUUGUUUCUGAACAAAAAACAAUGUUGAAAUGAAUAAAACUUUCGAGUAAAGAAAAUUUGACUAAAACGGGAUUCGAACCCGAGACCUCUGGAUUAACGUGGGGGGCAAGAAAAUGUCCUGGAAGUCAAUCUACCCCCCCCCCUCCGCCCACCUCGUCCUCUGGACAUUCACACAGGGUUGUACACUGCAUUAUUCUGCAGAAUGACAUAAUGCAGUGUACAACACUAUGUGAAUGUCCAAUAUCCAUCUAUUUGUAAAUAUAUAGAUCAAAGUACAGUUGCCUUUCACAAUUCCUGUCACGAUAUUUCUAUUGGAAAGAAGUUUCGGAAAGGUCCGGUGUUGAUUCAUGUGGGUUGUUCUUAACAGGGGUACACCCCAAAGGGUUGGGGCUGGGGUCGUAUGUUUAGAAUGCAAGCAAGCUCAGCCCCCCUUCCCACCCCGCCCCUUAAAAUUUUAUAUUUUUCAAAAGAAAGGUUUCGUUUCCAUCGAUGAGGAAAGCAUUCCAAACAAAAAUGUAAGGUUUUCUGUAGUUCUAUGGACUCCACCGAGCUGUCCCUGUUGGUAAAUUAAUUAAAGACACGUUGCCGAAGAAUUAAACAUUAACGCUUUUGUUAACUGUAAGAGUUUGUUUCCAAAACGCGUUAAACGCCAUUUUCUCACUUUGGAAAUACUGCCCUCUUUUGGUUUCUCGAAGUCGGUUCUCACGGCUGUUCUAUUAUUAAACAAAACGAACAAUAGUAACUAUUUAUGAUAAAACAACUUUUUUAUUGCGUCUAUUUGAUUUUUUAUCAGAAAAGUGAAAUUUCUACACUUUUUCUCAUAUUCUCAAUUGGGAUAUAGAGCGUUUUGGAAAUAAACUCUUCUCAUUUUCUUGGCCGGCUUUAUGAUUGGAUUAACCGAAGACCAACGGUGUAUAUUGGAAGUCAGAAACAAACUGCGCUUAACUGUUUUGUAAAUAAAACACCAGGUUCUGGAGGCUUUUCCAUUUCCUGUAAUAAUGCCGGGUUCUCGGACAGCCGUGUGUUGACACUUGACCCUUGACCCCCCCCCCCUCCCCCACCUAUUUGAUUAUAGGUUAGUGAUUAAUACUGGAGACGAAAAAAUAUAUUUUGUGUACACAAAAAGGCGGUUAUGGUAGUUCUAAUGUUCUUAAGUAUAAAUGAAAGAUUUUCUUUUCAUAGACUAAUAGAAGGUCGUUGUGAUUUAAUAGGAAAAUUAGUGUAAUUUACUACUGAUUUGGUAUAUUUGUUAGUGACUAAUAAUGAAGACUACGUAGUAUAUUUCGUAUACACUAAAUGGCGUUAAUGGUUAAUUCAUAUUCUUAAUUUUUAAUAAAAUAUUCUUAGAUAGAUUCGAAAAAAAAAAUGACCUGAUAGAGGAACAGAACGAUAAUUAUUGUACUAAAAAUAUUAGUAAGUGGCGUAAAAAUGUACCACGUAGAAACAAUGUGUUUACUAGUGUGUUUUCAACAAAUCCUUAGGAUUUAUAAUUGCGCUGAAAUAAAAAUAGCCAGUGACAAUUCUAA